GAUGGAACCAAGCACAACCAGUGGCACCACCAGCACCACCAGCGGCGCACCACCACCUGCACCUGCAUCGGCAUGGCUGUGUGGCUCUUGGGCACGACAUGCACAGCCAGCCAAGUUCCCGCCAUUCCAGCGUCCUCGAGAGGUCGGCCGGUUCUGUUUGGACGCGAGACGUCGCCUAUCCCUUGGGACAAAGGUGUUGAAAGAGUACCGUGGAUGUGAGUUGGGCGUGCCGCUUGAGGAUGGCUUUGAGGAUCGGUUCAUCGAGAGAGACCAGAGCCAUCGUGAAUACAUCGACCACCUCUUGUCAUGGGCAGUUCUGGCAGCCCAUGCGCGUGGUCUUAGCCUCGAAAGCAAACGCGUGACGAUGCGCGACCUGUUCCCACCAGACUCCGUUGUAUGCUGGCGUGGGCUGCUCACCAAGAUCAUGGCGUCGCCACUCGAGCGGCGCAACCCAGUCUCCCUCGUUGCAUUCAAACUGCAAGGGUGCCUGCUCCUGUGCGAGUACGAGACCUCUGAGUCCGCGCAGCAGCGCGUGCACGGCAUGUCCGACGGGCAGCGGCGCGCGUGCUACGCUGGCUAUCGCUUCGAGACGUACGUUACACGGGAUGCCGAGUCACGGCAAGCCAGACACGCCAAGCACCAGCACGUCGUGGGCAGCACGGCCGCAGUGCAAACGCCACCGGUGGGCAAGGCAAGUGCGGCGCCACCCGCGAACGCGGCACAGAGCACACCUGACAAUGCCAAGCGCCCACACCACGAUGCACGCGCUGCAGGGGAGCAUGGUCCCGGCAUGCGGAGCAAACACGCGAAGCUACACGCUUGUGGUGGCGGUGGCGGUGGUGAUGAUGGUGAUGGUGAUGAUGAUGGCGACGCUGGCCAUAUGGAUGAGAGGGGUGCGGUGAUGGUGGGUGAGAAGGGCGGAGGGCAAAGUGGCAAACGCGCUGCCGACCAAGGUGACACGAGGGGCGAUGGGCACAACGACCCGUACGGCUGUGAACUGCACGCUGACAUGACGCUGACUGAUCAGCAGUGUGCACGCGCUGUUGUGAACACCAACGAAGGAUUCUGCUGCGUCUUCCACACACGCUUGAACAACAUCUCCAUCCUCUCCGCUGGCGAGGUGGACUGCGUGGACCCAGCCACAAAUGAAUAUAUUGAACUCAAGACCAUCAAUGAGGAAGCCAUGGCUCGCCCAUCGUUCAAGCGCACAUCUCCACUGCUUCGACUCGUUGGUGACGAUACGCGCCAGGCAGCAAGACCCUGA